AUGGACAAACUCCAAGACCUCAAAUUUUGGAAUAGCCAAAGCAGCCAACUGAAAACCCUCAAUUCGCAAAUUGUCAAGAGCUUGGAAGUCAAAAAGUCAUCCAUUCCUGGAGCUGGAUUAGGGUUGUUUGCUUCCAAAAACAUCAAGGCUGGAUCCAUCGUCAGUUUUUAUCCAGCACAUACCUUAGGAAUCGAACAUGGGGAUGAAUUCCUGUUUGUCUCCAACACGGACCAAAAUCGAGAGUAUUUUCAGCAGCAUCCACCCGACACUUCCAGUUAUUUGCAUGCCACGGAUCAACCCAUUUUCAAUCGACCAUCCUUCAUGUCGUCGAUUCCAGAAAUAAAGGAGGCUCCCGUUUAUUUGGAUGUCAAUCCCAAUGUGCCCGUCUCUCCGGCCUGGGUCUCCCAUUACAUCAAUGACGGGGCCACCUUGAGGGAAAAUUCAAUAGCUGGAGUCGAAGACUAUUACCGAAAUUCCAAAGCCAGCAAGAAUUGCAUUCACGUUCCCUUUGGACCUUCCCCCAUUAUGGCCACAGUGGCCACCAAGAAAAUCAAAAAGGGCCAAGAACUCUUUACGAGUUACGGUUGUGUCUAUUGGAUCGGAGUCCAAUAUAGAGAUGAAGACAGUGCUCCCAUGACCAAAGAGAUACAAGAACAAAUUAAAGAGUCAGCACAGGAUUUGUUUGCGGCCAUGAACGUCGUAUCGACUCGAUACCAAACGGCCACUCAAGCAUUGGAGGAAGUCUUUCGAGAAAUAUAG